CCUCUCCCAAUGAGUCAUAUUGACAAUAAGAUGAGGGACAAGAACUGGUUCUGUCGAGUCACACGUUUGUGAAAGGACAAACCUUGGUGGACUCAGUGGAGAUCCUCAUAUCAUAAUUAUUCUCACAUGCCAAAAACUGCAUCAACCCUUUUAAGCAUUUGACCAACUUUGAAGACACAAUAUGGUCUUCAUUUCUGCUGAAAAACUCAAUUUUGUUUGUUAUCUGUCACUAGGUCUUCUGAGUCUACCACUGCUUACAGAAUGUAAUGGGAAAAUUAGGCUGGUGGGUGGCAGGCCAGAGUCACGUUGCUCUGGUAGAGUGGAAAUCUACCACAGGGACAAGUGGGGAACGGUGUGUGAUGAUCAGUGGAGCAUUAUCAACGCUGAAGUGGUGUGUCGAGAGGUAAACUGUGGGACAGUUCUUGAGGCCAAAAAAAGUGCUUUUUUUGGAGAGGGCAAGAAUGACAUCUGGUUGGAUGACGUGCAGUGUGUUGGUCAUGAGUCGUCCAUCCUCAAGUGUGAACACAGAGGAUUUGGGGUAAAUAACUGUGGCCAUGGUGAAGAUGCUGGGGUUAUCUGCUCAGAAAAUGUGAGAUUAAUCAAUGGAAGCAAUCGGUGUAACGGCAGAGUGGAGGUCUACCAUGACGGCCACUGGAAACGACAAUGCAACAGCCAGUGGAGCAAGAAAGAAGCUGACGUGUUGUGCAAAGAGAUUAACUGUGGGGAGUCACGCACACAAACCGAAGUGCUGCAUUUUGGAGGGGGAUUUGGCCUAGGUGGAAUCAAAACCACCUGUUCUGGAAAUGAGAGUUAUAUUUCUGAGUGCAACCGUCAAGAAUUCAGUGAGAGUUGUGUUGAUGCCACGGUUGUAUGUUCAGGCAGUAAACCAAUCCGGCUGGUGAAUGGGACUAAUCGGUGUAACGGCCGAGUGGAACUCUAUUAUAAUGGACAGUGGGGAACAGUUUGUGAUGACAGAUGGGGCAUGCAGGAAGCAGUAGUUGUAUGCCGAGAGAUGAACUGCGGGAAUGCUCUCACGGUCAAGUACAAGGCCUACUUCGGCAGAGGUCGGGAUCAGGUUUUGUUGGACGAUGUUGAUUGUACUGGUCAUGAGAAAUCCAUUUCUGACUGCCCGCACAGAGGUUUUGGAGAACAUGACUGUGACCACAAUGAGGAUGCCGGUGUUGUAUGUUCAGACACAGUGAGAUUUUUGAAUGGGACUGACCGCUGCUCUGGCAGAGUGGAGGUCUUCAACAAAGGCCGAUGGGGGAAGAUUUGUACUAAUAGUUGGAGCCCUGAACAGGCUACAAUGGUGUGUAAGGAACUUGAUUGUGGAGCUCCGAAAAAAAUCCAAGAACAUUUUUUUGGUGACAGCGGACUGAUUGGGUUUAGAAGUACAUGCCCUAGCAAUGCGACCAUGAUGUCCCACUGUACAUUUCAAGACCAGGCGAGUUGUGAUGGUGUUUCUCUUUCAUGUGCAGGUGUUUCACCGAUAAGGCUUGCCAAUGGCACUGACCGAUGCUCUGGUAGAGUGGAGAUUCAGCAUGACGGCCAUUGGGGAACAGUGUGUGAUGAUGAUUGGGACAUGAGAGAUGCCCAGGUGGUGUGCAGAGCCAUGGACUGUGGAGCACCUCAGGCAGUCAAACUUAGUGCCUUCUUUGGUCAAGGCAACGGAGACAUCUGGAUGGAUGAUGUCGGCUGUGUCGGUAACGAGACGUCCCUUCUUCACUGCCAACAUCCCACCCUUGGAGAAAAUAACUGUGGCCAUGGCGAGGAUGCCGGGGUGGUGUGCUUAGCUAAUAUUAGACUUGUUAAUGGGAAAGACCAGUGCUCAGGCAGGGUGGAGUUCUUCUAUGAUGGACAUUGGUCAACGGCAUAUAAUGAUACUUGGGGAAUGAAUGAAGCUGCAGUGGUGUGCAGGGAGAUGAACUGUGGAGAUGUUUCUAAAUUCUCUGGAUCAUUUGGUCAACAAAGAGAACUGGCAGGGUAUCAGGUCAGGUGUAACGGCAGAGAGAGCUCUCUCACACAGUGCACAGUGACUACCAGAACCAGUCGUGCUGGAGCAGCCGCUGUCGAAUGUACAGGCAAUGUGAAGUUGGCCGGUGGGCCAAAUGCUUGUGUUGGAAGAGUGGAGUUCUAUGACAAAGGCCAGUGGGGGACUGUGUGUGGUGAAACCUGGGAUGUGAAUGAUGCUGCGGUGGUGUGCAGACAGUUGGACUGCGGCAAGGCUCAUAAGAUUACCAUCAAUACUGAGUAUGGCCAAGGCUCAGGACAGACCGGGAUUGAUAUAAUUGACUGCAACGGACGCGAGUCAACCCUGGCUCAGUGCCAACAAAGAGCAUUUAGAAACAAAGUUUGCAACGCAACCUCAGUUGGUGGUGUUGUCUGUCAAGGAAGUUUGGAGGUCCGGUUGGCUGAUAGUAGCGAUGAGUGCUCUGGCAGAGUAGAGGUCCGUCAUGGCAAUGUGUGGCAAACGGUGUGUGACACAGAGUGGACCUUGAGCAAAGCUCAGGUGGUGUGUGACAAGCUGGAAUGCGGAAAUGCAAUGAGUGCUCCAAUAGGUGCCCAUUUUGGCCCUGGCAGUGGAUCAAUAGUGACAGCGAGCAAUUCAUGCUUUGACAAUGGGACAUCUCUUGAGCAGUGCUCACUCAAAGGUUUCCAAAGCUCAACGUGUGCACAUGUGCAAGAUGCUGGUGUUGUCUGUGCAGCACAGCUUCGGGUGGUCGGUGGCUCAGGUCAAUGCUCCGGAAGAGUGGAGGUUCUCUAUAAAGGCCAGUGGGGAACUGUGUGUGAUGAUGAAUGGGGAAUGACCAAUGCUGAUGUGGUAUGUAGACAGCUUGGUUGCGCUCAUGCAGUUUCUGCUCCUUUAUCUGCCCACUUUGGUAGAGGCACUGGUCCAAUAUGGCUGGAUAAUGUGAUGUGUUCAGGCUCAGAGCUUGCUCUCUCACAUUGUACCCAUCCGCUUUUUGGAGAGAAUAACUGCGGGCACGGUGAAGAUGCUGGCGUUAUCUGUUUAGGUGCUCUACAGAAGCCCCAAAUAACCUUGAGUCCUGCUCCAGAAGUAAACUGGGGUGACAAAGUUGAAAUCACCUGCUCUAUACAAUCAGAACAGUUAGGUGGGACUUUUGUCCUGAAAAAGCAAGACGAAGGAUCAUUUAAAAUGGAGAAAUACUCUGAAAACGAAGCUGCAACCUUUACCUUCCCUACAGUGGACUUCAAACACAGGGGGUCAUACUUCUGUGAAUAUCAUAAGAAACUGCCCAAUGAAGUCAUCUAUUAUCCUCAAGGAAAUAUUGCUGAGCUCUCUGUCCUAGUGAAAUUGGAGAAGCCCACCAUCUCCUUGACGACUCCCCAUGCAAUGGUGAUCUACAGCCCAGAGAAAAUAUCGGUCACCAAAGGCAACACCUUCUCUAUGACUUGCUCUACUCAUUCCAGAUAUUCUGGAGGUUCCUUCUAUCUAACAAAGUCAAACAGCACCACUGAAGUAAAGUCAGCAAUUGGCUUCAAUAUCUACUACAUGGCAGCCUUUGACAUCCCUGAAAUAGAUUUUCAACAGCAAGGAGACUAUACCUGUAUCUUCGCUGUUAACAUCUCCUCUAGGUCCUUCUCUUCGGUUCCCUCGAGGUCACUCCAAGUCACUGUAGUCUCCGCCUCAUCCUCUUCAGUUGUCGCAGGAGUUAUGGGAGGGCUAGUGGUGGUGCUGCUUCUGCUGGUUGUAGGUUUCUUGGUCUGGAGGAGGAGAUGGCGGUUUGCUAGCACCAUGGUUCAGUUCAGUAACACGUUUGGAGGAACAAUAAAAGAAAAAGAUGAAGAUGAGAGAACCAAUGCAGCAUUUGAUGGAAGAGCCCACAAUACUCAAGUGAAGGAGCAUGAACCCAGUCGCGGCCCAGAAGACAAGAAGGCUGAUGUCGAUACUGAUAACUCUGUUGAGAGGGUCCCUGAAGACCUGGCUGGGAGAGUGUGUUAUGAGCUUGAACCUCUUGUGAUAACCAACUGACUCAAAGAAUAACCUAUGUCAUGUGGUUUCACUAAAUUAAAGAGCAACAUAACACAGAAAGUAAGAUUUUCAGCUCGGGUUCAGUUGCUCUUUAAGGCCAUAGGAACAUUAGGGACCUGUUUUUUACACCUCUUUUUAAGUAAACAAUUAUUCAGAAAUCUACCAACUUUGCAUUUCCUCAACUAGAUUUUGUGUCAUUUGCUUUAGAAAAUCAUAUUUAGAAAUUAAACCGAGCAGAAAUUGAAAAUAAUUAAGUAAUUUUAAAUAACAUACCGGUAAAAGUUUGCUUGUGGCAUUUAUUUUCAUACUUAUUCCUGUGGUGAUUUUUAUUUUCCUGGGAGAUUCUGACAAUCACAAUAAAGUACACUGACCUGUAUACUGAACAUACUGAUUACAUUGUCUUUGUGUUGCAUUAUAAUUAGCUUUUUUUAGUGUAUGUGAGUGCUUAUCAAUAAAUUUGUAUUUCCUACACUUA